CUCAGAGCCUUAGUAGUGCGCCGAUCUCUCCGGGCGAUCGAUCGUUUUGGAAUUUGUGUGUCGUCGUCUCCGUCGUCGUCGUUGUCGUUUUCACCUCGUUUGUGUUUACUCCGAUCGCGUGUGCAAAUCCGGCGUUUGUCGCCAUUGAAACAAUCCGCGAUCGGUUUGUUUAUAUGGCGUAUCUAGUUCCCCCUUGAAGUUCUAAUGAUGUUAUUUUACGAUGGGUGUGCCUUUUCAAUUAUUACUUCAUGGAUUAUAAUGAAUAAACUCGGUCGACCGAAAUUGUGCAGCUUAGAAUGGGAUGCGCCGACGCGUGGGAUGUGCUAAGCGAGAAGAAGAUUCGAAUCGUGCACGUGGAUGCGUGCGCGUGUGGGUAGAGAGGGGGAUUAAAAAUAACGCGGCCUAAUGCUGGCUGCUGUCGUUUGUGCGCCGUCAAAACAGCUCGCCAUCCAGAUCGGUUACCCCAGCCGCGUAACGAGUUGAAGUUUCGCCUGGUUUUCUUCAAUUUGUUUACAGUUUACCAGUGAAAGUGAAAAUAGUGCCCCAACUUUGAAGAAAAAGUGCACUCCAAUCAGGGGCUGCCGCGAGUGAUUGAAUCGUUAUUUUUUGCAUUUCCCCCUGUAUGUGGCAAACGUCGUCCGAAACCGACGAGUUCCAAGCAAAAGCUGAUUGGAUGAAUGUGAUGUGAAGUGGCCACAGAGAGAAAACCCAAUCAAAAAAAAAAGCAACGGAAAUACAUAUUGUUUACCAUCGAGGAAAUGAAAGAAGAGUAUCAAAGAGCAAGUAUGCCGUAGCGCCAUGUCCGCCCUGCGAAAGUCCGCUUCGUUCCGAUCCCGGAUUCCGGUGCGAAGAAACCGCCCGUCAAACCGCCGUUGCGUGAGCCCGCAGCCGUCCGUCUCGACGGUAACCAGCACCGGGUCGAUCUACUGUGGCAGCGAGUAUGGCACCCCGGCUGACGGAAGCGGAACCGACCGUAACUGGUAUCAGCGGCGGUAUUCCUCCUCCAGCUAUUCCAGCAGCGACGAGAGCCACGAGUCGGAAAUUCCGUUGAAGCGGUUGCUCCACCAUCCCGGCCUAUCCGACGACGGACGUGACAAGACCAGACAGCAGCACAUGGCCAGCUUGAGCGUGUCCACCGAUGCCAUCAGCCUGGAUGGCUUGCUGGAUUGUGUCAGCAGUGGAAGCUUUUCCAGCCCCCCGUCACCGAAGGGUACGAAAGCACCGCCAGGUGCUUACAUCAAUCAGAAUGAUUCACGACAUCGACAAGCAGCAGACCAGCAUCCGAAUGGCGUAGAAGGUGUUGAGUUUCAUUCCAGUCUAAACUCGCUAGAGAAUCUUAACUACGCGUUAGAAACAUUGAAAAUAACGGACAAUUUUGAAACCGAUAAGCGAGCCGUUAAUCAGCAUUAUGAAAAUCUUCUUAACGAUAAACGUGCCGCUGACGAGCAAGCGGAAGCCGACAAGCAAAAACAGCAGAAGCUAAGCGAUUGGUACUACAUUAAAACCAGUCCUCAGCACAAAAAGAACAAAGCCCCCGAGAGUCCGUGCGUAGAACGUCGCAAGCGACGGUUGGUUCCCACAAAAGACCAAGCGACUCCACCAGUGUCCAAUUCUAGUGCUGCUGAACAGCUUCUGCCACCCACACCUUCGACAACAGCGACCGAUAUUACACGCCAAGGCCAAGUGCUGCUAACAAAAGUUUUAAUUGCCAGUAAAUAUUCCUCGGAAGUAAACCGAGAAGCGAACUUAGCGAAACAAACGGAGCAAAAUGAUGUCGACUAUCCACGGCCGCCACCCAAUUCAAACUUGCCAAAUAACGAUAAAUUGUCAUCUCCGGUCCCGAGUGUCAGAUUUAUGUCGGCUAACAUUGAUUGCGGAAGCGGCAGCGGUAUUCGCGAACCUCCACAACCGGUGGCCGCACCGCGUCUGGGCCGCCAUAAACCACCCUCCUUCUCCUCAUCGUCCACCACAAUAGCAAUAAAUGACCGAGAAAUGUCGCCCCCAGUUACUAACAAAUGUUUCAACAUUAUUAAGCGCAGUGCUCGUCCCGGAGUGCAGCGGUCAUGGGACCUGGAGAAGUGUAGACUCAUGCAAACCCCUGCGACGACUCCAGCAACACCAGCUGGGGACAAUCGGCCAUUUGACAUCAUCAGUGCCAGCAGCAGCUUCGAGCUUAUCCCAAAUUAUAGCGGCCAGAAUCGGUCGGAUCGGUUUUCCCCGUACUGUCAACGCAAACAAAUGAAGCAGCAGCAUCAACUCCACGGGACAACAGCAAAAUUAAGGCAGAAUAUUUAUGAAAAUUUUCCAACAAAUCAAACAUAUUUGCCCGCUGAAGUGGGUCAGCAGCCGCGCCGUGGCACCGAGACUGCAGAGGCACUUUGGUUGAAAAAUGCACUGAAACGACCGGUACCGAAAACCCCAGGUCCUGCAUCACUUCCGAUGAGGAGGGACGCAUUAGAUUUGCCUCCGCCGCAGCUAUCGACACCUUCCACUCCAUUGAAAACAGGCCCACUGGCAGCAGCGGUGGCUAUCGAGUACUGCGAGGAAGACGACCAGAAAAAGAGUUCGUUGAGUCGGUGCUAUCCAACGAAAUCCGGCCACCAUCAGCAACAGCAGCAGCAGCAGCAACACCAGAUCACUACACCAACCUCCUUCCGGACUGAGUACGAACUGUCCGGUUCGUACGUGUCUCUCGAAUGUCCCUCUCCACCGGGACCACCAGCAUGCCUCGCCUCCGACAGCCGACGGGACCCGCAGGCUCGGCUGGCUCGCUAUUUGAAAAUUUUGUACACCGAGUUAGCUCUAAAGGAACCCGUUCUACCGACCUGGGUUCAACCGGUAUCACCAGGCGUUCUCUGUCCUGCCCGACUCGAACCCGAACUAAGACUGCACAUCCACUCGCACGGUCUAAACGAGUGCAUCACGGUAGAUCAAGUUCUAGCAGCCGUUCAAACAAAAGAUGGACCCUUCCUGGAAGCCCCUCGACGCGUGCUCAUCGAGUGUCCUCCAUGGGUUACGCGUAGUGCACUCGCCCUCCGGAUAUUGUACGCCUGGAGUCGAGAUCCACCAUGGCCUCCGCGAGGUCAACCUGUAGCAUUAUCCCUUUUUAUACCACUAAAUGAACUCAAAGGAUCGUUGGCGCAUUACAUAGGAAAGGAACUGCUACCUCGCGGCCCGCCAAGUCCGUUUGCAUCCGGUUUUGGUGGUUUCAGUGCAGCGUGGAACUCACUAGAAUCGCUCAAGAGUAAGCUUCUUAUCGUGUUGGAUGGAUACGAUGUUCAGAAUAAAUCACGAAAAAACAAAACUGUGCAAAAGGAUGUGACCGAUCUGCUGGAGGGAAGGCUUUUUCCGGAGGCAAGGGUAAUUUUAAUUAGUGUAACAUCUUCAUGUGCGGAGCUGCUGCCUCUCAUGCAACGACACGUGACGUUCGAAGGUGUUGCCUGGGGUCGAUCCGUAUCCCUGCUCGGCGGUGGACAAUGGGGUGCCCCGACUAGACUAAUUGAUUGUGUGCAAAACUGUCGCUAUCUGAGGAACAUUGCGAGAACUUCACUGGGUUGCCUAGCCAUUGCGGCCAUUUAUAACUCGAACGGAGGCGAUUUGCUGACCGAUGAAAUCGAUGUGAUAGCAUCCGUGUUUAACUGCGUAGCAGCCAACUCUUCACACACCCAAGUGACAGAGCUGGGCCGAUUAGCAUUGUUUUGUUUGAAAACCAAACGCUCGACGGUGAGUUCGGCCGAGUUGAAAAUGUACUGUUCAUCGCCUGAGACGAACAUAAUUGGAUGCCUGGAUAAGGCACCCGUUUUCGGCAGAACUGCCAAGAAAAAAUCUGAAUUCCAAUAUACAACAAUCUGUCCGGGAAUCGCUGAGUUCUUGGCUGCGAACUAUCUUGUCUCUCUUGCCAGUCGGCCAGGGCUUCUGGCAGCGGAAGUUGCGGGCCUCGCCAUUGGAGACGAAGUUGAACCAGAAAUUCUUAAAGUCCUCACCUACGCCAUGUCCCUUUUGGGAGCCCGAGCUCAUCUGCUAUUAUCGAAGCUGACCCCUCUUUGGUUGAGCCCUCAAACAAUAUUUUCACUGGCACUGGCCGGUGGAGAAACGGAAGCUAAUCUUACCGCCUUGUGCGAAAUUUUGGGAAUCUCAAAGUCUCCACCCAUUCCCCCACUGGAAGCCAAACCAAUCUGGGUGCAGAUUAAAUCCUCGCCGUCCGAAUUGCAGGGUUGGGGCUUGGCCGUCAAAAGCCCAACCUGUACGUUGAAAAACCUCGAAUUGGUGUAUCAGAUUGAGAAGAACAUGCUCCUGGAGUCCCGAAACGUGAUGGAUAUUUUCCUGGAUGCAUUAUCAAAGAACGAAAGCGUUACGACGCUUCGAAUCACCUCGCUGAUAGAGAAUGACAUUCGCGACUCCGAUAUAAAUUUUCUAGCUACUUGCAUAUCGAAAGCUAUUUUGAAACCUAGACUGGAGAGCUUUGAACUGAUACUUACAUUGCUGGAAGAAGAUCCGCCUAUUCUAAAACUGCAAUCAGUAGUGACAGGUCUGUGCAGGUCUAUCCCUCGCCAACCGAAGCUUAGUAAUCUUAUAUUGGAUCUCGGCCUCUGUACGUCGCAGCUGGUUCAGAUUUGUUCCAUGCUGGAAAAAUGCCCUCACGUCACCCGGUUAUCAUUUCCCCAUCUACGAUGUGAGCGAGGAGCUGUUGGUGCACUCGCUAGCUUGCUAAUGGCACGCCCUCUCUCAUAUCUUGCUCUGGCAUCAAGCUGGGGAGCACGGGAUGAUCCUCCGUCCUCCAGUGGUGUCAGCAUGGGAUCAGGUUCCGGGAGCAGUUCCGGCAAUUCAGGUCUCAUCAAGCAAUCCUCACUUACCGGAGCGCCUUCACCACGAUCCUACCCUACUGGAAUAUUUUCAUCACUGCCCCGCGGAGUUCUCAACUCAACCUCCAACAUGGGUCGCUCAGCUACGCUACCGCGACAACCGAUGGAUGGUCCACCAGAUAAACGAAGCACGGAUUCUGUAAUCUCUCGAACCUGGUACCCUACACCCGCUUGCGAUGGAGGGCCCCAUAAUUCUGGAACUCUCCACGAAUUAUUACUCGCAGCACGCGAUUCUUACUCACGCCUGCAUGGACUUGAUCUUAGUAAAGCGCAACUCUCUCUCGAGGAUUCCAUGUGUCUAGGAGAGACUGUUCGGGUUUCCACCACUCUUCACUCUAUCAAAUUAGAAGGGGCUUCUCGGCUGAGUGAAAUACUACCAACAGUACUGGGCGCUAGCGAAUCUCCUAGUUUACAAAUGUUGAGCCUAGGAUCACCCAGGAUCGCCCUAGAGGACGCCGCCGUAGGAAUGUCUGCACGUGCCUUGGGUAGUUGCAUUACACUAAGACUGCUUAGUUUAGAUGGCUGGAGUUUCAGGAUAGAAAACGUCGCCACACUGGCUUCCCUACGGGGCUUCCUGUCACUCACUUCGGUUCGCGAGUUGGGUCUCAACAACUGUCGACUGAACGUGCCGAUGUUCAAGAGUGACCUUGUCAUGACAGCAUCUGCGUACGAAUGCCGCUCUGUGGUUAAUCUCAAAAUGGCGAACGCUCAGAUAAUUUUCGCCGACCACGUUUCAAUGAAAGGACCUCACGUAUUACCGUACCUGAUCGGUUUCGUGAAUCUCAGAGAGCUUGACUUGUCCGGCCCAGGACGAAGCGGUCUGGGUACCACUUCAUCAACACCGUUCAUACUUUCCGAUAAGGACAUCACUAAUUUCUUCUCAACGCUCAACUCUAACUUUAGUUCAUUAAAUACCUUGAAAAUCUGCAAUUGGAUCAUUCAUUUGGACGACGCACAACGUACCCUCAAGAGCAUCUCGAAGCUGUUCCGGCUGAGUCCGAUAAGUCACCUCAAGCUGGACGGUAUCCUAGUGCUAGAUCGACCGAAAAAACAGCGAAUCGAGUCGCUGUUUAUCCAUGCCAUGAUUGGUUCGCUUCCGCUGCUCCGCUGGAUGGGACUCACCGUUACCGGUCUAAGCGAGGAGCAGAUCAUCGCCAUCGGCAGCAAUUGUGCCGAUAUACGCGGCAUGGAGAUCGACAUCAGACUGUGCGAUUCAACGAUCGAAAAUGCAAGAUUAAUGACUCACUCGCUGGGAUUGGACGGGAAAUUCGACAUACGGGUGUCAACGUUCGGCACGUCCAACAGCAUCCUGAUCCACAUCGAGAAAACAUCCACCAAGAGCCUGUCUCGCAAAUAAGAAAUCAAUGCGCAGCACUUCUUCACGCAAACCUGGCAUUCGUUAUAGGAAAAUUUCUAGCUCGGUACUAUCACUAUCCAGAGGAAAACCACAACAAAUUCUGGAUUAAUGAUUUCGAGUGACUGUUAUGUCAUCAGAUAGCAACGACACUGUCUUUUAGAAUUUCUCACAAACUUUUUAGAGUCAACAAGAUUUGGAAAAGUAUUUAAAAAUCACGUUUGUAACUUCCAGGUAUUAAAAAUCUCGUUUUCCAUGAGUGACGCGGUAAAUGUAAAGAAAUAUAAAACGACACAUGAAGUAACAGAUUUUUAAAUAGUUAUCUCAAACGUGUAAAGCAACAAAAUGUUUCACUUAAUUUUAUCUCUAUCUAACAGCAUAUGUCGAAAAUUAAUGAGAUCUGUGGCGGUUACAAGAGCUCCUGAUACCAUUGCUAUGCAAACUAUCUUUUUAAAUCAAAUAUAAAAAAAACCGUUUCAGUUAGUUUUUUCUAUCACUCAAAUCUGGUCUUUUCCAAACAUUUUCGCUUUCUUUUAUUUGCUUUAUCUUUCUGAAAAAAAAACCCCUUUGAAGCCAAGGACCUGCGGUCAAAUGACAAAAACCAAAAAAAAAGGGAGACAAUAUGAAAUAUUUUCAAAAUUAAAGUUAAAAUCAAACAAACAAUAAAACAAAAAUGGAAUUCUAAAAAGUCGGUGCGUACGAUCAAAUUGGCCGUCUCCGUUUCCUAAAAAAAACAGAAAAUGAAAACUAUGUUUUACAUAGUUCGUAACAAUUAUACCGAUUUUCACUAAUCGGUGAAAGGCAGAUAAAACCAACAUUUGAAAUGCAACUUAUUACGGCUUUAUCAGCACCUAAAAACUGUAUUAAUUGCAUUAGAAAUAUUCAGACAUCAGUAGGUUUUUUCUUAACGUUAAAAAAGUAGAGAUUUUAUGUAAAACAUAAAACAUAUAUUUUAAAACAUAUGACGUAUAUUUUGAAAUAUUUUACAUUGAAUAUAUUUUUAGAUUCAUACGCUAGAAUUUUAAAAAAUCAGACUAAUAACUUUGAUUUACAUGCAGCAAACAGUUUGCGAUAAAAAAGCUAGAAUUUAAAGUUCUCACCCUAAGCUAGAUAGCUAAUGGUUCCAAAACUAUCCAAAGGUUAUGGGCUUCUGUUAUUUGCAGAAUUUCUAGGUAUAACGAUUAUAACCGUUAAAAAAACGAGCAGAGCAAAACAGUGCACAUUUUAGCAAGAGAUUCAUAUAAAAAAGAGAAGUUGUUCAAGAAUUCAAUGUUCUAGCCCUUAACGUACGCGUAGCGCACGAGUGCAAUUUUUGCAUAAUUUAUAAUAAAUCUAAAUUAUUAAGGCCAUUUGUGCUAAUUUGUUAAGAUAACAAUGUAUUUAUUGGAAACUAGAUAAAGUUGUAAGGUGAAGAGUGCAACCCCAUUGUUGAGAAUCUAAACCAAUAUAAUCAGUGUAGUGUGUUUAUAAAUGAAAUUAUAUGUAAGCAAAUUUCAUUCGAGUCGAUUGAAAGUGUAUUACUUCACCUUCGAAUAGAUAUAACACCUUCACGGUGCAAACGUAUAGAAUUACUGUUAAUAUUGUAUGACUUUAUGCCUAAUAAUGAUGUCACUCAAUAUAGUUAUUGUGUUGCAAAUGAACCCAAACUGUUGAAACAAACUAGCUGAAAACAAAGUUAGGUUCUAAACACAUUAUUAUACACGUCUUUUAGCUGAAUUAGAUAACAAUAUUUAAAGAAAAAAAAAGUGUCAAAAGAGUUUUGUUUCGAAAUCAACAAAAACAUUGAACGAAAAUCUCUGAUGACAAAUGACAAGAAAAUCGCAUUUCUCGACUGCUACUAAGAAUAAGUAUUAUUUUUUGUGUUGAUUGAAUAAGAAAGAUAUGAAAUUAAACAACAAAUAAGUGUUUAAACUAUACCCCAAACCAAAACGUGAAUAAGGUUGCACAGAAAGUUCUGUCCCCAAAGGUGUUACCACACGAACAUCACGUAUUUUCCUCCCGGUUUAGAUGCCCAUCCCAAUGAUGGUGCCACACCUAUUGCAAUGUGAAAUAAAAGUUGAAGGAAAAUUAA